GACCGCGAGCGGAUGUUUUUCUCCGCCGCCUCACCAGAGUCACCCAUGCAUGCCUUCCUGGGAGUCACGUCGAUGAAGCUGCCGCUUGAAGCACCCCACCCUCCUCGUAGAGAUUCCAUCUUGGUGCACUGAGUGAUCUGUUGGAUGCUGCCGUUUGUGGAAGUAGCAGCGAAGGGCUAUGCGCCUGUGUCAAGAUCCUGGUCAUCCGUCAUCUGCGCCUACCUGUGCCCUGGCAGCCUCAGGGCCUUCACCAUCAGCGUCCUCGUGCUGGGCGCUUUCCUCUACAUCCUCACCGUGCAAGCGCGCCGUAUCGUCAACAUGAUGCUCGUCACCCUGGCACCGCCGAGAAAAGCGGUUCUUUCCGACGCACUGCUGGUGCUCGGAGGCGAUAGGGCGAGGGAAGCUGCCGCGUUGACGCUGCUUAAGGACGGGCACUUACUAUUGAGUCCAUCUGCAAUGGUCAUUAUCUCAUCAGGCGCCCUUUCUCAUGAGGACAUCACGGCACUCGGGCUCUCGACAGAUCACGUCAUCUUCGACCGACGGGCAGUCGACACUGUGACCAACUUUGUCACCACCGGGCCUCUAUUCCGCGAGCAUCGAGUCCGGCAGGUGAUGGUUGCAACCAGUGACUACCACGCACGUCGCGGCAUUGCGGUAGCGAGGAUUGUAUUGGGGUCGUUUCGGAUGCGGGUUGUCCCUUUGGUGAUUGCCUCGUCGGAGAAGAUGCGGCAGGAGAGAGGGGAGACCAGGGGCAGGGUGAUUCGUGACUGUUUGCGUGCAUGGCUUUGGGUGUGGGCGGGGUUGGAUCUGUCGUCUGUCACUGUGUGGCUGCACCCCACCAGACAACCAAGGACGAUAUGAAGGGCACUGCGUGCCAGUCGGUGCGUGCGUGCGUGCAUGUGUGUGUAUGUUCUGAC